AUGGCUGAUCCUGCCCAGAAUUCAACCAAUUCCAUCGGAAAUCUUCCAAAUGCACCACCGGUAACACCUGAAUUUGCACAAGCCAAGUCAAUUCUCCCUUCUUUGAGCAUAGAUGAAUUGCGACAGUUAAGAGAAGAUGCACAGUCUGAAAUUGAUCAUCGGAUUCAAGAGCAAACUCGUCAAAGAGAGGAACAACAACAACAGGAGGAGGAAGAGCGGAGGCAAAGAGAUGAACGACGAAAGAAAAUGAUGUAUGAUGAAUGGGUGCAGAAAUAUUUGGAAAGGGGGGGAAGAAAGGAUGGGGAAUGGGAAGAGAAGCAGGAGGAGGAAGUUGCCCGGAGAGCCAAAGCACUCCAGUAUGGAAGCAUGACUGAGGAUGAUUCUGAUGCAUCUGGUGGUUCUGAAGCAGAUGGGGAGGAUGGUGAAGACUUGGAUUCAGAGAAUGAUGAUAGCAGUGAAGAGAGCAUAGUUGGGAGAAUUGCAUAUGAUGAGCGUCAUCUGAGGAAUCGAUUUGAGUAUGAACUUGCCAAUCCCAAAAUCUACCCACAAACCAUAAAUGAGGGAGAACGGAUUGAAUUGAGUGUGAGUGCAAGAAUUCCUUAUUUCGAUGAUGAAUCAUACUUCAGUGGAACUUCUCCUGCACCAUCUGGCAGUGAAGAUAGCGAAAGAGGUGGAGGUGGAGGACAAGAUGAUUUGUGGUGA